CUAAUCCUAAUCAUCCGCAAAGCUUUUUCUUCACGCAGCCCUCUCUAAAGCCCACUACACUCCCAGGCUUACCGUCUUCAAAAAGGUAAAAAACCAAUAUCAAACAAAAUUCCACCAAUCUUGAAUUCAUUCUCCAAAAACAAUGGGUUCUCUUCUUCUGCUACUCAUGAAAUCCUUCACUUUCUUCAAUCCCAUCUAUUUUUAAAAUUACCCAUUACCCUGAAAUCCUGAUUUUGAUCUUCUACAAUAAUCAUGUAUUUAUCGGAAAAGCCUCGCCCCAUCCAUUUCUACAAGGAAGAACUUCAGCCUGCCACCAGAGAUAGCAUGAUUAUUGAAGUUGUCUCAAGCAAUGGUGAUCUACCACCUCCUCAGCACCAUCUUCACAACCCUCAUCAGCAACAGACGCCUCAGCAGCCGCAGCAACAGCAACAGAUGAUUCUAGGCGAGAGCAGUGGCGAGGAUAAUCAUGAAGUGAAAGCUCCUAAAAAGCGAGCUGAGACAUGGGUACAAGAUGAAACGAGAAGCUUGAUAGCUUUUCGCCGAGAAAUGGAUCGUUUGUUCAAUACUUCUAAGUCGAACAAGCACUUGUGGGAGCAAAUAUCUGCUAAAAUGAGGGAAAAGGGAUUUGAUAGAUCUCCAACUAUGUGUACUGACAAGUGGAGAAACUUGUUGAAAGAGUUCAAGAAGGCUAAGCAUCAAGAUAGAGGAAGUGGGUCUGCCAAAAUGUCUUAUUAUAAGGAGAUUGACGAGAUAUUAAGGGAAAGAAGCAAAAAUGCCCAGUAUAAGAGUCCCACUCCUACUAAAGUUGAUUCCUACAUGCAAUUUGCUGAUAAAGGCUUUGAUGACACAAGUAUAUCUUUUGGACCUGUGGAAGAAUUAUGUAUUUCCCUCGUUGAAGUUCCCUGGUGUGCAGCCAGUGGCAGGCCAACACUCAACCUUGAAAGACGUCUGGACCAUGAUGGACAUCCCCUUGCCAUCACUGCAGCUGAGGCAGUUGCAGCAGGUGGAGUUCCUCCCUGGAAUUGGAGGGAGACUCCUGGAAAUGGUGCUGAGAGUCAGUCAUUUGGUGGAAGAGUAAUAACAGUUAAGUAUGGGGACUAUACAAGGAGAAUUGGUAUUGAUGGCAGUGCAGAUGCCAUCAAGGAGGCAAUCAAGUCAGCUUUCAGAUUGAGAACCAAACGUGCAUUUUGGUUGGAGGAUGAAGACCAGAUAAUUCGUAGUCUUGACAGGGACAUGCCUGUUGGGAAUUACACUCUUCAACUUGAUGAAGGAUUAGUUGUCAAAGUGUGUUUAUAUGAUGAUUCGGACCACUUGCCAGUGCAUACAGAGGAAAAAAUAUUUUACACUGAAGAUGACUACCGUGAUUUUCUGACUCGCCGGGGUUGGUCAUGCCUAAGGGAGUUUGAUGGAUAUAGAAAUAUUGAUAACAUGGAUGAUCUUCGUCCGGGUGCUAUUUAUCGUGGAGUGAGUUGAUAUGUUAUUCCAUUUUCAUAGCUUGGAGCGUCCUGAAGUGAUUGUUAUCAUGUCAUAAAUGUGAAACUGUAUCACGAAAUUGUGUAUAGAGAGUGCUGUAAUACGUUGAAUACGCUCAUUUAUUGUAAAUAGUAUCUCCAUUGACAAACAAUGAACCUUA